UUCUAUUCGAAAUUAAAAAUGGAUGAUCUAACGAAACUUAUUGAACAUGUUGUUACCUUGCCAAAGUACCAUGGACUUCCAGGGGGGCAUUCAUAUAAAGGAAUACUGUUAAAUGCCUUUGUGACGAAAGAAUCGAUGGAUGCUAUUAACGAAAUCAGACCCCAGGCUAACGACAUUUUUAUGGCAGGAUACUGCAAAACUGGUACAACUUGGGUACAAGAAAUUACAGACCUCAUAACGCACAAGGGCAACAUUGAAGAAACGAUCAAAUCUCCUUUGAUCGAACGUAUCCCCUUCAUUGACGUCAUGACCGUAGAUCAGAUAAGAAACCUGGACAAAUUGCCCAAGCCUCGCCUGUUGAAGACUCAUCUGCCUUUGCGCAUGCUACCAGAGAAUGCCGGGAAAAUCAUAUACUGUGUCCGGAACCCGAAAGACGUUGUCGUCUCCUAUUUUUACUUUUACAAAAUGACAAAAGGUUUGGGGUUGUAUAGCGGAACAUGGGACAGUUUUCUCGAGAUGUUCAUGAACGGCGAUGUAUUAUAUGGUUACUACAUGGAACAAGUUAUAGAGUUCUAUGAAGCCAGUAAAAUUAACGACAAUAUUCUUAUCGUCGCAUUUGAAGAUGUGAAGAAAAAUCCAGUAAAGCAAAUACGCCGCUAAGCAGAAUUUGUGCGCACGCAACUUUCUAAUGCUGAAAUGGAAGAGAUCCUUAAGCAUACUACUUUUGAGGCGAUGUCCAAAAACCCAAGUACGAAUUAUGAAACAAGUCCAUUCUUUGACACCACUAGGUCUAAAUUUAUGAGGAAGGGAGCUGUUGGUGAUUGGAAAAAACCAUUUUACGGUGGCUCAAAGUGAAAUGUUUGACGUUUGGACCGAGGAACACGUAAAAUACAGUGAUAUCAAAUUUUGUUAUGAACUCUAAAGGCCCCAUACAAAGAACAAAUCCACUAAACGCAGUCUUGCGAAUUG